GGGGCCGCGCCGGGCCGAGCCGUGCCNCUGAAGGGCCGCGAGAUCGGGCUGUGGUACGCCCGCAAGCAGGGCCAGAAGAGCCGGGACGCCGACCGGCAGCAGAGAGCUGUCGUGCGCAUGGACGAGCGCAGGGAAGAGCAAAUCGUGCAGCUGCUGAAUUCUGUCCAGACUAAAAACGACAAAGAGCAAGAAGCCAUGUCCUGGUGGUCCGGGGAUGAAGAAGGCCCUGCUCCAGAACAGCCUGCCAAAGUGAAACCACAUGCUGUAAAAGCUCCUGUGAGACAGAGACCAGCCUGGGAAAAAACAUCCCUGGAUCUGGAUGUGGAAUAUCUAUGUGAAAAAACCGAGCAGGAUGCUGAUUUAGAUGAGCAACUUAAAGAAGACUUAAUGAAGAAGAGAUCUGAUCCCAGAUAUAUUGAAAUGCAGAGAUUCCGAGAGAAGCUCCCCUCAUACGGGAUGAAAGAGGAGCUGGUGAAGCUGAUCAACAGCAACCGCGUGACGGUGAUCAGCGGUGAGACGGGCUGCGGGAAAACCACGCAGGUGACCCAGUUCAUCCUGGACGAUCACAUCGAGCGUGGCCUGGGCUCCACCUGCAGGAUCGUGUGCACCCAGCCCCGCAGGAUCAGCGCCAUCUCUGUGAGUGCCCCUUCCCAGUGCUCGGCUUUGUCCCCAGUCUGCUGCAAAGAGCCAGUCUGUCAGUGUGCCCUGCUCCGAUAUUCACGAGAUGUCCGUCCGCAAAGCACUGGCACUGCAGCCUCCUCCUUCCCUCACUCUAGCUCAUGGGUUCUAUCUGUGAUUUUAAUGGAUUUGGGCAGUGCAAAUGGCAGGGAGGAGAAAAGGUGCUUUUCAAGGCAUUUCUUUGUUAUUUACAGACCAGAGUUUGUUAAAUACGGAAGAGAACUGAGGAGUUCUUAUUGUGUCUCUUUCAGUCGGUUGCCAAGGAAACAAGGUUCAAUUUUGUACUGUACCACGGGAAUUGUCCUGCAGUGGCUCCAGUCAGAUAAGCACUUGUCCAGCAUCAGUCAUGUAGUUCUUGAUGAAAUCCAUGAAAGAAAUCUUCAAUCAGAUGUUUUAAUGAGUAUUAUUAAAGAUCUUCUGAAUAUUCGACUGGAUCUGAAAGUUAUACUGAUGAGUGCUACUUUAAAUGCAGAGAAGUUUUCUGAGUACUUUGACCAUUGCCCAAUGAUUCACAUCCCUGGAUUUACCUUCCCAGUGGUGGAAUAUCUGCUUGAAGAUGUCAUUGAGAAGUUGAGGUACACCCCAGAGAAGAUGGAUCGCCGGACGCACUGGAGGAAGGGCUUCAUGCAGGGCCACGUGAGCAGGCCAGAGAAGGAGGAGAAGGAGGAGAUCUACAGGCAGCAGUGGCCAGGCUACCUAAGGCAGCUGCAGGGCAGGUAUUCAGCAAGUACAAUCGAUGCCCUGGAGAUGAUGGAUGAUGACAAGGUGGACCUGGACCUUGUAGCAGCACUGAUCAGACACAUCGUGCUGGAAGAGGAGGAUGGUGCAAUUCUGGUGUUUCUGCCUGGCUGGGAUAACAUCAGCACUUUGCAUGAGAUCUUGAUGUCUCAAGUCAUGUUUAAGUCAGAUAGGUUUAUUAUCAUACCUUUGCAUUCACUGAUGCCUACUGUUAACCAGACUCAGGUGUUCAAGAAGACCCUGCCAGGAGUGAGGAAAAUCGUGAUUGCAACCAAUAUUGCAGAGACCAGCAUCACAAUCGAUGACGUGGUGUUUGUAAUAGAUGGGGGGAAGAUAAAGGAGACUCACUUUGACACCCAGAACAACAUCAGCACCAUGGCAGCAGAGUGGGUCAGCAAAGCCAAUGCCAAGCAGAGGAAGGGUCGAGCAGGAAGAGUUCAGCCAGGCCACUGUUACCACUUGUACAAUGGACUGCGUGCCAGCCUCCUGGAUGAUUAUCAGCUACCAGAGAUCCUGAGGACACCCUUGGAAGAGCUCUGCUUACAGAUCAAGAUCCUGAAGCUUGGUGGAAUUGCCAAUUUUCUUAGCAAACUGAUGGACCCCCCAUCUCGUGAUGCUGUGAUGUUGGCCAUAAAUCACCUCAUGGAGCUGAAUGCUCUGGACAGGCAGGAGGAGCUGACUCCCCUGGGUGUCCACCUGGCACGGCUGCCCGUGGAGCCACACAUCGGGAAGAUGAUCCUGUUUGGAGCCUUGUUCUGCUGCCUGGACCCCGUGCUGACCAUUGCAGCCAGCCUCAGCUUCAAGGACCCUUUUGUCAUUCCUCUGGGCAAAGAGAAAAUCGCAGAUGCAAGAAGAAAAGAACUGUCAAAGAACUCGAAGAGCGACCAUCUGACUGUGGUGAAUGCUUUCACUGGCUGGGAAGAGGCUCGGAGUUGUGGCUUCAGGAAUGAGAAGGACUAUUGCUGGGAAUAUUUCCUGUCCUCAAAUACCAUGCAGAUGCUGCAUAACAUGAAAGGACAGUUUGCUGAGCAUCUCCUUGCAGCUGGGUUUGUGAAUAGCAGAAACCCCAAGGAUCCCAAAUCUAACACCAACUCAGGUAAUGAGAAGCUGCUCAAAGCAGUCAUCUGUGCUGGCCUCUAUCCCAAAGUGGCAAAGAUCCGGCCCAGCUUCAGCAAAAAGAGAAAAAUGGUGAAAGUUUGCACCAAGACAGAUGGAUCAGUUAAUAUCCAUCCCAAAUCGGUGAACGUGGAGGAAACUGAGUUCCAUUACAACUGGCUCGUGUACCAUUUGAAGAUGAGGACCAGCAGCAUUUACCUGUAUGACUGCACGGAGGUGUCUCCAUACUGCCUCUUGUUCUUUGGAGGGGAUAUAUCCAUUCAGAAGGAUAAGGACCAGGACACCAUCGCUGUGGAUGAGUGGAUUGUUUUCCAGUCUCCAGAAAAAAUAGCAAACUUGGUCAAGAAAUUGAGACAAGAACUUGAUGAUCUUCUACAAGAAAAAAUAGAAAACCCCCAUCCCGUGGACUGGAAUGAUAUUAAAUGCAGGGAUACAGCAGUGCUGACAGCUAUUAUAGACUUAAUCACCACGCAGGAGAACGAGGGCGUCAGGAACUUCGCGCCGCGGUUCCAGGGCGAGCGCUACAGCUGACGCACUUCACCCAGGCCAGCCCAGUCGCCUUCUUUUUUAUAGCAUUUCUUUAGCUAGAGGAACAACUUUUGUAGGGUAAGCUGGUAAUCUCCUCAUCCUGAGGGGCAGUUAUGCGGAGCUAGUUGGCAGUAUGUGCACGUGCAUGUGUUCUGUGCUCGGUGUAGCUUUGUGAGGGAGAGAACGGCAGUUGUUGGGUGGUGUAAAGUUCUUGUCCUGUUGUAGUGUUUUCUUUGGGAUUUUUACCCAUCAGGUUACAAAUAUUAAAAACCACCUGCUAAAAUACUGCUUAGUAAUACCUAAACUGUUUUGGGGUUUUGUUUAAUGGGGUGCGGUAAUUAUACUUGCUGUGUUAUUCCAGCUGUGCAGCAGUCUGCUCACCAACACUUCCACAGAAGAUAAUUACAGCUUAAUUAAACUAAACUUGAAAACACAUGUUGAAUUUGUAUGGUGGGAGGAAACAAUCUUCAGAAAUUCUUCUCCUUUUCUGCAUUUCAUCCCAUUCAAUUAAUCUUCCUUUGCUUUCUGUCCCCAUCCAUCAUCACUACUGACUGAAAUUACAGAUUACAGAAAGCAUGGUUAGAUAAAAGUCAUGUUGGGUUAUAUGUUAAGGUUUCAUUUCAUUUGAGUUGUUUUUUUGGUUUUUUUUAAGAAGUUCAUGUAUGGGUUAUAGUAUUCCAUUAAGAAUCUUUUUUUGCAAGUCUUAUUUCAACUGUUCUCAAUGUUUUGAAUGUUGUUCUGUUUUGAAUGAUCUCCAGCUAUGGAAGAAUAUUUGAAUAACAAAGUUUGUUAAGGAUUUUGAGGCUUAUCCUUGAGAAAAAAAAGCCUGGAAAUAGAACUUUUCUCCCUUC